AAACUGACGUUCUGAAAUAUAGUGCAUCUACUUGUAAUCGCUGUUGAAACAAUUUAUACUCAUAAUCUGAUUAAUUAAAUGUGAAUAUAAACUGUACUGUAAUUAUUAUUGUGCAGUUAUUAAAAAUACAUUUGUUCUUAGUAGAGAACUUUUAACAAAUUCCUACGCAUAGCCUGGUUCCCUGUCCCUGUUUUGCUUCGUUUACUCUGCGUCAAUGCCUCGGCAAUGAUGAGACAGGGUACCAGGCUAAAUUUUCCACUCAUUCGGCAAACCUAAUCAGCCGAGGGGUCCCUAAUGAUGCAGGUGUUAGGCCUACACAGUGCCCCCCUAGACAUCGCCAGAUUUCGUUUCUGGAGAUAAACGAAGAAGACGCAUAUUACACAAGGUAUACGCGAUUGCGGUAUGGCGUUCUCCAUGGUCAAAUUAUACAGCUGGUACAACGAAACUUAUGCGGAAAUCGGAGACUGCCGUCAAUCUGACCACGUUUUAAAGUUUGUGUAUGACAAAGAUGCGCAGUUUAUAAGGGGAAUUGUGCAAGCCUCCAUGCGAGACCGGAGCUACCAGGUUACUGUAAGUUCAUCCCAUUUCUUUGAGAUUUUUGGAAGAAAGAAAAUUUUUUUUUAAAGUCUUUUGUUGCAAAUCACGAAAAAAUGCAUAAUGUACAACACGUUUGGAAGUAUAUAUGUUUUAUCCUGCCUAUGCAAUAAAUCCAGAACAAACCUCUUUCCGAAUUUCCUUGACUGAAAGCGUCUAUGCAAUGUCUUAAUACAUAAUAAUAAAUUAAUAUACAAUUCUUUUUUUUCUCUCUCUCUCUCCUUAAUUUUCAAGUUUCCAUGUAAACAUGCUUUUUACUUUUAAAAUUGAUAGAAACAUAAGUAAAAUUCUAGGUGGUUAUUUUUUUUUUUAUUUUAUUAGAUUACUCUUGGUAACCACUGGUAACUGUUACACAGUUGAACAGAGUACCUGUGAAUGUGUAAAUGGGAUGGACAAAUGUCACCAUAAAGCCAGCAUUCUUCUCUAUGGGUUACAAAAAUGUCAGCAAAACUGAUGUACGCCAGAGUUGGAUUAAGCAUCCAAAGAGUGUGCCACCUCGUCAAACUAAGACGAUGGAAGAACUUUUUCCUGCACCUGACAGGUUUAUUAAUUACAGCAAUGCAUUGGAUACUAUCCCCCGAGCCACCUGUGCCCACACUUGCAGUGCCUCUAGUUGAAGACCUCAUCUCUAGCCAGGAAUUUAUUUCUGCAGAGAAUCCAAUCGCUUGGAUGAAGCAAAAAUUAAUGAUAAAUGAGCAAGAAAUCCAACAGAUUGCCUGUCUUACCACUGGUCAAAAGGAAAAUUGCAUGUGGUCAUCUGUUAGGAAGAAUAGAUUAACAGCUUCAAACUUUGGUUGUGUUUUGGCAGCGAUCAAGAGAAAUAGAUAUCCUGUCUCCUUAUACAAAAGAUUAUGCUCAGCGUAUGAUCUGUCAAAGAAGGAUGCCAUUAUUUGGGGGACGUGCAAUGAAAAAGUCGCAAUUGAAAAGUAUAGAACUUUUGGGGAUGCAGUUGUAGAGCCAACAGGUAUCUGGCUACACUGUAAUGGGGUUCUUGGGUCAAGCCCCGAUGGACUCAUUCGUCGUCCUGCUGCAUUUGGAUUCAGCUAUCAGAAUUCAGGACUCGCUGACAUAUUAGAGAUGUCAAACGUUAAGCCAGAAAUACUGGAGGUGAAAUGCCCCUUUUCAGCAAAGAAUAUGACAAUUCCAGAAGCUAUUGAAAAAGUACAUGAUUUUUGCCUAGAGGUUCAGGAUUUUAAUGGAGUCAAGUCUUUCAAGCUACGAGAGAACCACCAAUACUAUGAUCAAGUGCAAGGACAGCUUCAUAUAACUGGGAAAUCCUUGUGUGAUUUUAUGGUCUGGACACCAAAAGACUGCGAUUGUGAGAAUUAACAAAGACAUCAAUUGGGAGAUCAACAUAUCUGUUUUGACAGACUUUUAUUUCUGUAAAUUUCUCCCGUAUUUACAACAGCUAUAAGAUAUAACAUUAAACAUGGUGAAAAAAUUUUAAUUUUAAUAUCUUAGUUAUCUACACUUGCAAAAUUCUGAGCAAUUUCCUGCAUAAGGGGAUCCUUAAAAUUGACUAAAACACAGCAUAAUUGAAAGACUUUUGUAGAAAUAUAUCUA